AUCUGUUAUUGGUUAAGGUUCACCUCCUGUGCAAGAUCGAAUCCUGGUUAGGGCGGUUAGUACCUUCCAGUGGACUCACCACCCACAGGAAGGUUCAGGAGGGUUGGUACGGUGCAGUGUGAUUUGGGUGGCGGUUGUGGAGACUGCUGCCUCUGCGACCUGGUAACGGAUAAGCGGACGAAAAUGGAUGGAUAGAUUGGUAACAGAGCCCUAAAAUUGCACUUGCACUGUAGUGUCUGCAUCUGUAUUUACCAGAACAUUUAUGAAAUGCUGCCAGAUGACAAAUAAUUGAUGAAGGUCAACCAGUUCUAGCUGUGACUCAUGUCACCAAAUGACCUGCUCCAGGUGGGCUUAAUACCCUACAGGGUGUUCUGUCUUAACAGCAGAUUCCAGACCGUCUCUUCUGUAGCAGUGGACUUUUUUCAUUAUUUUCUAGGACUCUUGCUAAAGACUCAUUUGGAUGUUUCUAUAGUGUGGUGGGUUCAAGUCUCAAUGGAAUCAUGUACUUAAUCCCCCUUGUGUAAUUCGUUUUGGAUAUCAGUCAGCUAAGUAGUAUAAUUGGUUUUAAAUUGCAGGCUUGACUAAAUAAUUCACAAGGUUUUGAUACAUUUUGGGCUUUUUGGAUACGUUUUUAGAUUAGUUAAUAUCUUGUUUAUUGUUUAUUGUUAUUUUUUGUAUCAUAUUGACACUUUUAGACUUUCACAUGAAUCUUCUCCCUACACUUCCUUCUACUUAAAGAUGUGUAACAUUGUGUUUUUUUAAAUGGUAGUAAUAAUAAAAGAUUCGCUUCCAAAAUGUCAGUGCGCAACUGCUUCAGGUUUUUCACUGACACACAUACUUUAAAUACAGCCUUCAUCUGAUGGUGACGCCAGGCGAAAGAGAGAGAGAAAAAAAGAGAGGGAGAACUAGAGACCACCCCCUAUCGUUUAGUCCCGCCCACACCAGGGACGCAGACCUUUUUGAUUGGACGUCGGCUCCUGCUCUGAAGUCCCUCCUCUCACGUCCACAGUAUGAGGAUCAAGUGAGAAACUGCAAGCAAACAGACACACGGAACGGGUGACACUGACGCACUGCUCUGUCUGCAGGGAUAUUUCUUCACUCUUGUUUCUUUAAAGGAUUACAUAGCUUGAUAUUGAGAAGUCGAAAAAGGAUGACAGUUUGGCUCGGACGCGUAAAACGCGCUUUGCGCACAAGCCCGUUUGGAUUAACCGCACUCUUCUUGCCAUAUGCUUGAAUUUUUGACAUGAUGACGUCUGAUAAUCUAUGAAUUCAUCCCUACAUCCGCUUCUCACAUGUUUCCGACACACAUCGCAACCCGAUCCUGAUGAAAGAUCCCCCGGUGGAGUUGAACCGCUUUUACGCAGCGAAUCCCCGGAACGCAGCGCACCCCCCCCUUACCGGACAGGAGCGGAGAGGCACUCUGUUCUCCCACCCACGUUCUGUCCUUCUCUCUCGGAUCUUUUGCGUCAAGCUAAUAGGCUUCCAAUCCGGAUUGUAAAGAUGUUGACGGCGCACAGCGGCCACUUACUGCACCCGGAGUAUCUCCAACCCCUCACCUCCGCUCCAGUCAGCAUUGAACUGGAUGCCAAAAAGAGUCCUUUGGCUCUCCUGGCCCAGACCUGCUCUCAGAUUGGCAAACCAGACCCUCCCUCGUCUUCCAAAUUGGCCUCCCUCUCCUCUAGUGGUUUGGGAGACAAGGAGUCUUCCAGCCGUUCAUCCAAGAAUGGAGAGCAGCACCAGUCCCUGGAGGAUAAAUCAAGUUUCAAGCCUUACUCCAAGUCAUUAGGAAACUGUCACAAGGAUGUUCUGGUAACAAAAGGGCCUUCAGACAAAGCAGCUUUCAGGGUGCCAACUGAAAGAUCCAGUGGUAGCAAUGGUUCUGUGUGUCCGUCCAUCCCUCCCCAUUCCCAGUCACCAACUUCCAGCUCUCCUCCUCUGCAUGCCCAGAGCCAAACUCAAAGACAAAGCCAUUCCCCCUCCACACAGCCCCUGCCACACUCCCAAGCUUCACACAUAGACAACAAACAAUCAAACUCACAGCUGGCCAGCACAGACAACAGCAAUAGUGCUGGGAAAAAAGACUCAGAUUAUGCCAAAUCAGGUAUGGAUGGGGCUCAAUUAGCCAAUUCCAGCCACAUCCGGGCCAGCACCAACUCUAGCAAUGCCAGCUCUGCCAGCAGCCCAAGGCCUGAGAGUAAGACUGCAGACCCACAGGCCUCUACACAGGCAACAUUGGCACCUGGGCACAUCGCCCCGGUGUCUCCCUUCAAGGCUGAACAUUCUGUCUUCCCUCUGCCUCAUGGCUCCAUGGGCUACCACGGCUCCAUUGUCGGGGCCUAUGCUGGCUACCCGUCUCAGUUUGUGCAUAGUUUGGAUCCUACAAAGUCCACUUUGGGAAUGGGACUUACAGCCAAACACCCCAGCUCCAGCCCACUGACUGGAGCCUUGCCUCCAUCACUGAUGCAGGGCUUAUGCGGGGACCCCUACUGCCUGACUUACCCCAAUGCACCAGGAAGUAACUGUUCCACGUGUGUUCAUGACCCGUCCAGUCUUAAGUCUGGUUUCCCCCUGUUAUAUCCCUCUCAUCACCUCUACUCCUUACACUCUUGUCCCCUCACCUCCACCACCACACCACCCCUUUCCCACCCUAUUUACACUUAUGGUUUCAUGCUUGCCAAUGAACCGCUGCCACAUGCCUGUAACUGGGUGUCUGUUGGGGGACCCUGUGACAAGCGAUUUGCCACAUCAGAGGAGCUUCUAGUCCACUUGCGUACCCACACAGCACUACCAGGGAUGGUGGACAGUAAGCUGUUGUCAGCCUACCCUUCAUCUGUUUCAUCUUCUGCAUCCUGUCACCUUCACCUGCCUCCACACAGCAGCCCAGGUACUCUACCCAGUUUUUUCUCCCUCCAAGGCUCCCCAGGUUUGGGUCUAGCACGGUACCAUCCCUACAGCAAAUCCCACCUGCCUGGCGCCCCAGGUCUGCCCAUGCCCUCCCUUAAAUCUUCAUCCGCUUAUUACUCCCCUUAUGCCCUCUACAGUCAAAGACUGGGCUCGGCCUCUGCACUUGGAUACCAGUGAGGUCUGAAGUGGCGCUGGCCACUAUGGAUUUCAGGCACAAGCUUAGACUCUUCAGAGCGAGCCAUGAAGACUGAGUGUAUAAACUGGGGUCAGGGUCUGCGUAGGGCAUCACUGCUGCCAGGACAAGCACCUGUUAGCUUUAGGAUUGAGAAUGACUAUCCAAAGGCAACAGUGCAGCUGAGUGAUUGUCUGCAGCACAGAACUUAUAGAACAAACUCCAGUAUUUGGUGUGAAGCAGAGCUUGAACAUGCUGGAAAUUGUGGUGUUUUUUUUUUUCUAACUUUUGGUUGCUUUUUGCUAUUCUUUUUUUAAAUUUGUGAGAAUUGAAAGUCUGUAUUUAUUUUACACUCAAGCGCUUGUUUUUCAUCUAUGGGUGAGGUAAAAAAUAUGCUGUCCAAAUGAGUAUAUAUAUAUGUGAAAAGACAAAGAUGAAAGUAUAGUUUCAUAAAUGCCUAUUAAACACUUUACAAAUAAAAACCCUGCACAAAGAUGGAGUUUAUUCUGGGGAUUUUUAUUUUUUUCUUACUCUCUACUGUUGUUUUUCUCCCCUGGAUACUCAACUGUACAUUAAAAUUCUACAUGUCUGUAAGAAAUACUUAAAAAUGUCAUUUGUAAAUAAGCAGAGAUGUAAUUUUUUUCAGUCUUUGUCAGCAAUUUGGGCUCAUUGAUGCGAGUGUUACAAAGAUCAAUCUUUGCAGACUGCUGCACUGCACUUAUCUAGGCCUAUCCAUCAUUAUGGCUGUUAGAGCCACAGUACAUGUAGCAAUGUGCAAUAUUUCAUGGCUCAUAUCAGCUGACAGGUCUGUCCCACUGAGGGCACGCUGGGUCAUUAGUCCUGUUAGCUGCUCUCUGAAGACUUUCAUGCCUCUACCUCUCUUCCAUCACCUGCUCUGCUUUUGUUGUGAGUGCAACUUUUAAUUCGUGUUUGUGGGGCGUAAAAAGAGCCUCCUCAGCAGAGUGGAAUAGCCGCCGGGUCACUGAGACUCUAAUAAUGACCUGAGGGAGAUGUUGACCCAGGAUCUCUUGCACUCUGACGGAUUGGCCUGCAACACAAAGGCCAUCGCUGACAAUGGGGGGUGGCUAAUAGAGAAAUAUUCAUCAAAGUCCUGACACCUCCCCUGAGGAGUGCAGGGCUCUCUUACAGAAACCACAAACAUGAAGGCUGCAGCGUCCUGGAGCCAUUUUCUGCUCCCUCUGCUGCUCUGUGGUUUAUUGGAGUCAGCAUUCCCGGGUCAGACUUAAAAACUAAUUCACAGGAAAGAAGUGAGUUCAUCCAAAAUGCCCCACACCAGCGCUUUUAGAAGAGAGUUGGUAACUCCAUAGUGUGUCUGUGUCCUAUUCUCGGCUGGCAGGGUGUAGGAGGCACAGAGUAAAGUGGCUGUAGUCUCACAGGCCACUAUUACUCCUAGACUCCUCAACUCUCACGGUUCAUUAGCACUCCAGACAAGGGAAAGGCGAGCACAGGUGUCACUUGACAGGGCCAUUAAGAAAAUGGAUGACCCUCCCAAACCACAUUCCGUCCCUGCCACACCGGCAAGGUCACGCUGUCCCAAUUCCUACUCUCUUGGACACAGCACUUAGUUUUCCUCUUACAGAACUAGAACUAUGCAGGAAACUUGGACUCUGGAAGAAACUCAGUUUCCUGUCACAUCUUUUUUUUCUGAUAAGGUCAUAUGGAGUAAAUUGGACAAGCUGAG